UUGAAAAGAAAAAGAAAAAAAAAGUUAGAAUGGCAUCAGAACAAGAAGAACGAUCUCAACUUGAUGCUAGAGCUAGACAGGGAGAGACAGUUGUACCUGGUGGCACUGGUGGAAAAAGCCUUGAAGCUCAAGAACAUCUAGCUCAAGGUAGAAGCAGAGGAGGUCAAACAAGAAGGGAGCAGCUAGGAACAGAAGGAUACCAAGAGCUAGGACAAAAAGGAGGACAAACUAGGAAAGAGCAAAUAGGGAAACAAGGCUACAAAGAAAUGGGUCGAAAAGGCGGACUUAGUAGUACUAAUACUGAGAAAUCCCCCCCUCAACACGACAUGUAGUUGCUUGAACUCUUUUAUUAUGGAGUAGUAUUUCAUGUUUUAGCUAGUUUUCUUCUUGUACGUUUAGUUAUGAAUAAGGUACCAAGAGUUAUGAACUGUUUUAUUAUGGAGUAGAAAUCUUUAGCUAUUUAUUAUGAGAUUUAUAGACACUAUCUAAUAGUAAGAAAUCUACAAAAAAAAAAAUCCAUUCGAGUGAAUGAAAUAUAUGAUGAUUGAUACAGCAGGUAGUAUGUGUAUCAAAUAAAGACAUGCGAGUUGUACUCAUUUUUAAUAAACGUCAUUUUCU